GUGCCCUUAAAAGUGUGAAGAGUGCUAUCUCUCUCUCUCUCUCGUGUCUGAUUACGAUUCUACCACGUCGUCUUCCUUCUCGUGGUUGGUUUGGGAGUCCAAAGGAACCGGAAAAUUCCGGAAGCGGAGGACGGGGAAGGAGAGGGCUCGGUGUCGGCCUGCUCUGACGAGCCGCUGCUUCCGUGUCCACACAACACAUUAUCUCUGAUACGACAAAGGAAAUCGAGUGCUCUUCCUCUCCUAUUUAAAGAUGUCCCUCUCUCCCUUGUUCUGACAAACAACGAGAGGGAAUAAGUAGAGGAUCAUCUUGAAGUGAGAGGAAAAAAUGCCAGACAUUCAGUUAGGCACUCACACAGUGAGAUCCCAUGGAACACAAGUCGCAAGAUUUCACAUGCAUGACUGGUUCAUACUCAUACUCCUUGCUAUAAUAGAUGGAUGCUUGAAUAUUAUAGAACCUUUUCAUAGGUUUGUUGGAAGAGACAUGAUGACAGAUCUGAGAUAUCCACUCAAAAGCAACACAGUACCAUUUUGGGCUGUUCCGUUGAUUGGAAUUCUAUUACCUUUUGCAAUAAUCAUUGGAAUUUACGUCAAAAGGAAGAAUGUGUAUGAUUUGCAUAAUGCCGUACUAGGCUUGCUCUUCUCGGUACUUAUAACUGGAGUUUUAACUGAUGCAAUAAAGGAUGCCGUUGGUCGACCACGACCAGAUUUCUUUUGGCGAUGUUUUCCUGAUGGAAAAGCUGUCUAUGACAACAUAACGACAAAUGUUAUAUGCCAUGGGGACAAUAGUGUUAUUAAAGAAGGGCACAAGAGUUUUCCAAGUGGACAUUCGUCAUGGUCUUUUGCAGGUCUAGGUUUUCUAUCAUGGUAUCUUGCAGGGAAACUCAAGGCUUUUGAUCGUCGGGGCCACGUUGCAAAACUGUGCAUUGUGUUCCUUCCUCUGCUUUGUGCAUCUCUUAUUGCAAUUUCCCGAGUUGAUGACUACUGGCAUCAUUGGCAAGAUGUGUUCGCAGGAGGUUUUCUAGGAUUGGUAAUUGCUUCAUUUUGUUACCUGCAAUUCUUCCCACCACCUUAUGAUAUAGAUGGUUGGUUUCCCCAUGCAUACUUGCAUGCAAUGGCUGACUCCAGACACAACGAUCAACCAACUGCAAACCCUCUUCAGUCGAGGCCAUCAGAGAUCGAGACUGUUUAUGUUUCAUCCGAGGGUCAAGAUGGGAUCCACUCGAGGGACACAAGCUCGAUUCUGGACUCGAUGGAGGCUGGGAGAAGACAGUGAGUUCGACGCUGGGAUGCUGCAUGAGUGUAGCCUAGAUUUUCCACAUCCGAAUAGUUGGAAACAUGAUUCAUCAUCUCUUCUUACCUCUCACCAUGUUUUCAUUCUUGAUCCCCAGCAACUGCUGUAAUUUCCCCUUCAAAUGGGAAAUUGAAGGCAGUGUGUAAGAUUCAUUCUUCUCUCUUCUUCCUGCUGUGUAGGGAGGGUCUCUCCUCUGCUCUCUAUGUAUACAUGAUGAACUCCAACAUCUUGUUUAAGUUAUUCUGCAUGCUGAAACAUUAGAAUUGUCGAAACAUGCAGCCAGUAAUGGAGAAAUCUUUCCCUGGUGCCAAAACUGUAA